UGCAAAGUCAAUAGCUUUUUUCUCCUUUCAAAAAAUAGGAGUUAAUUAAAGACUAGGGUGAACUCUUACAAAGUAUUACCCUUAGUGUGCAUUUUACACCAACGUAGCAUUUGAAAUAAAUACAAACCUACAAAAUGUGAAGAUGAGCAUUAAAACGAGAUGAAGAACAGGUUUUAAUGAGAAUGUACACUAUAUAGAAAUUGUAAGCAUUUAAUCAGUAUAACGUGCUGGAGAUUUACAGCCUUAGAACAAGAAGAAAUAUCCCAAGAGGACAUGGAGAUACAGAGGAUGUCAACAAACAAGCCUUCCACUGCUCAUCCACCAGGUGCUCACAUCCUGUAACCCUGAAUCGCCUCCUUCUAGAGGGAUGGAUGCUUUUAGGAAUACCACUAGAGUACAGAUAUUACAAGUAAUAAUUUUAGUAGGUGUCAAUACAUGUUCUACAGCCUCCUAAUUGCUUUACAAACUAGCAGCAUUUUAAAAUAAUUUGUUUCAGUGCAAUAAACACUGUCAGGAUCUUAAAGCCCAAAAAAUGAAUCUGUGAAACAAUGGCAAUCAAUGCACAGCAAUCAAAUCUUGUGAAAUGCCCACAUGUGUUCCUAUUGAUUCAUGUAAAACAGAAUAGAUAACAGGCACAGCCUAUCAGUUUGUACUGCACAGCAUUUCAUCCCUGCGUUGGGAUUUGUUCUGAAUGCGGCCUGUGCCUUUAAGAGGGCUGCACCCUUCCUCUCUCUAAGCCAGGGAAACACUCCCCUUACAGCAGCUGUCCCUGUGCUGCUCUAGAGCUCCGAGUGCUGGAGAAUCUCAGACAGCGAGGCUGGCGUAGGGUGACUGUGUCUCUGAGCAGCCCGGUCUCUGCAGCAGAGCUCAGCUCACAGGCACACAGAGGAGCAGGGAGCAGAGCCAGGAUGCUGAGAGGAGGGAAGGGAAAGAGAGCACGGUUCCAGGAAAGGCACUGCAUGCUGUAGUGGGAGACUGAAAGGUUAGAGAGCUGGGGAAUCAUUUGGAAGCCCUCUUCUAAACUGCAUCCCAUGGAAUAUGAGUUGAUGCUGGAAUUAACACAUAUCUGUAUAUAUAUAUAUAUAAGUUUUCAAUCUUGAGAUAUUAUGUGGACACAAUUAAUGUCGGUUUUGUUAGGGAAAAGUAAGGACAAUGCUUAUACAGCGUUCUCUGGACAAAUCGUCCUCUAAUGCCCUACUUUGGAGACGGUUCCAAGAAAAUGCACAUGACAAGCAAGCUGAAGGUCUCUGCCUGCUUUGAUGAAUGACAGCGUUUUAAAUUAAGACGUAUGAGCUUCAUUCUGUAAAAAAAAAAAAAAUGCAGAGCACAAGGAACAGUGGACUGGAGAAGUUCAAGAAGAUCGGGAAGACGGAGGAGGAGAGCCCCCUGCCCUUCCCGGAGCUUCCCCCGGAUGUGGUGGAGAUGAAGGUGAAGGAAGGGAGCAAGAUCCGUAACCUGAUGGGUUUCGCCAUGUCCCGAAUGGAGGGUGAAAGCACGCGGCAGAUUGUGUUCAGCGGCUCGGGCCGGGCGGUCACCAAGACCAUCACCUGCGUGGAGAUCAUGAAGCGCAAGGUGGGGGGCCUCCACCAAGUCACCAAGCUGCGCUACCAGAGCUUGAGAGAGGUGUGGGAGAGCCGAGAGCAACGAGAGCCCAAGGGGGAGAACCUGACAGUCCACAGGAACGUGCCCUCCAUUUGCAUCCUUCUCUCCAAAGACCCGCUGGACCCCCAGCAGCACGGCUACCAGCCCCCUGAGUCCCUGACAGGCCUCUGGACCCCGGAGGAAGACUUCAUUGAGGAGGCCAGCCUCUCCCUCAGAGGAGCCAAGCACCCAUUGCUCUCCCCAAGUCCUGAGCCAGGCAGCAAGAGACUGAGUGUGGAGCCGCCACAGCACCUUGUUGACUGAGAAUGUA